AUGAACAAUAAUAAUAACAAUCCAUCCUUACAAUUGCUAGGAUCCAUGAUUCAAUUAAUGAUGAAUCAACAACAACAACAACAACAAUCAGGAAGUAAUACUACUCCCAAUAAUAAUUCAAUGCUGUCGAGUAAUAACAAUAACAACAAUAUAUCCUCCUCUUCUCCGAGCAAUGCUAACAACAACCCUCCAACAUUGAGUGCACUCCAACAGCAACAAUUGACAAGCAUGUUACUAUCGAAUGCAACAAACUCUCCGAAUCAUCAUCAACAACCCAAUCAUUGGAUUCAACAGGCUCUUUCCCAUGUAGUGAAUCAACAGCAGCAACAAUCACCAGUCUCCUCAACAGGCUCAUCCAAUUCCUCCUCUACUAAUAAUAAUAUUAAUUUGACUCCCCAACAACAACAAACCAUGAUGAAGAUGCUCAUGGGAGCUGCCAACAACAAUUCAUCCUCUCCUCCGAAUCAUAAUAAUCAACAAAUGAGUACCACAACAACACCCAACAACAAUAACAAUUCAUCCUCCAAUUUGACACCAAUCAGUGCUAAUAGUGGUGGUUCCAAUACUAAUAAUAAUCAACAAAUGAUUAAUCAACUCAUACAAAUGUCUCUCCAACAACAACCUAAUCAAGUUCCCUCCUCCAUGCUCUUUACUUCCCUCCUCAAUACACUCUCACCCCAGAACAAUAAUAACAAUGGUGCCAAUUGCUCUGUUCACUUUCAACCAACCUCCUCCAAUAAUAAUAACAACAAUAACUCCUCUAACAAUAAUAGCAGCAGCUGCAACAACAAUACAACACCAACAACAACACCAAUCUCCCAAACCUCCUCCAAUACUACCACCUCCACCAAUAGCAACUCGAAUACUUCUCUCACUCCAAAAGAAUUGGAACAACUCUACCUCCUCAGACAAUUACUCGUAACAGAGAGUGAAAAAAUGAAACAAGUUCCCUCCUCCGUUGCUCAACAACAACAACAACAGUUACAUCAUCAACUUCAUAUGGUGGUGGGUAAUAAUGGUAGUGUUGGUGGUGGUGGACAGAAUGGUCUAAUGCUUGGUGGUGUUUCAUCAUCAACAAAUACAUCUUUAUCGGGGCAACAUUUGGGAUCAAGUUUGCAAACGCCCAAUAGUACAAACUCUUCAUCGUCAUCAAAUAAUUCAUCAUCAAAUAAUCAAUCACCUAGCAAUAAUAAUGGAGGGUAUAUGAAUGGAAUAGCUAUGAAUGGCUAUUAUCAAAAUAAUUUAAUGAUGGGAAAUAAUGGAAUGCCAAAUCCUUCAUCCUCAUCCUCACUGACUGGUAAUUUUGUUAUCACCAACAAGGUCAUGUCAUCAAAGAAGAAGGAAGAGGACAAACUUCAAGAUAUCCUCGGUACAAUAUUAGAAAGACAACGAAAUAAUCAUCAAUUGGUGAAUGCCAUUGGUAGCGAUAAUCCUUUUGGUCAACUUUUACCACUCUAUGAGCAAGCCCUAAAGUAUGGACAGUUGGAUGUUCCAUUCCAGAUUCAAAACCAACUCAUGUCAGAAUUUAUGAGACAAAAACAACCACCUUCACAACCUCCCCAAGAUUCAAACAUGACAGCCUCCACAAUGAAUCACAAUGUUGUUCCUCAAGGUUCAUCUGGGCUCACUAGUUCUGCAUCAUUUUCCUCCUUUGCUGCUGGUAAUUUCUCCGAAGACAAUUACUUGUUUUUCAAUUCGUCUCUAGAAGAUUUUUUAUUUAAUGGACAAGAAACUAAUCAAGACCAAAGCAAUCAGAACAUGUUUCCAUUCUAUGAAAACUAA